UGUCCACUUGAGUUGACUUAUAGAGCAAGUCACCAUUGUGCGUGUGAUCCAGAAAAGGAUUGGACAUACAGGAGUCCUUGUGGGAAGAAAUAUUUCAAAGCUAUGGGAAUUCCACUACCUCAAGCGGCGUUAGAUUUGCUUGAGAGGGAUAAGAAGGCAAAAGAAGCCAAAAAGAAGGCAGAAAAGGAAGCAAAAGAGAAGGAAGCCAAAGAGAAGGCAGAGAAGGAUGCCAAGAUGAAGGAAGCCAAAGAGAAGGCAGAAAAGGAAGCCAAAGAGAAGGCAGAAAAGGAAGCCAAAGAGAAGGCAGUACAGGAAGCGAAGAUGAAGGAAGCCAGAGCGAAGGCAGAGAUGCGACCCGAAGAGGGGGCAGAGAAGCACGCCAAAGAGAUGGCCGAUGGGCAACCAGCAAAAUGA